AUGCAAAAAUUCAUUUCAAUAGCUCGGAACGCAUGGGAAAUUUUUAUAUCUGAAAGGAAGCCUGGCUGGAAGUAUCAAAUGCAGCUUUUUGCAGUUUGCUUUGCAGUUGGCUUCCUCUCCAGCUUUCUGUUUUUCCUUAGCAUGCAAUUCUCCUUGGCACACCAUUCCUUGGGUCCUUUGCUGAUUUCUGGAUUCAUCUGGAUUUUACUUUCUAUCAUGCUCUUUUGUUUCAAGCACCUGCGCUGUUUUAGUGUUCUGUUCCUCCUUUCCUGUGGAUUGAAAAAUGGCAGGAAUGCUCUUAUUACUGCUGGCACAGGUGUUGUGGUGGCCAACAACAUUAAAAAUAUUUUUCACAAUCUAAAGGUUCUGGCAGACAGUAUAACCUGUCAUUUAAAGCACGAGCAAUUUGCCUUGAUAAAAUAUUAUGUUGAGGCAAUAAAAUGGAUUUAUGAGGUGGCCAAGCUUCCUCCUGAGCUACCCAAAGAUUUAGUGGUCCUAAAGCACGAAUUUACACCGUCUUAUUCAAUUUUAGAUGAUGCAUUAAAACAAGAGCUAAAUGACACAGAGCAAGAAAUCCAGAGAAUUGCUAACCAGAUAUCUUUUAUGUUGACUAUACUGCCCUAUAUAGGUCAGAAACUAUUGCCUAUAUUUGGGGUUUUUCUAGUUUCUUUUGGAACUGGCCUCUUUAUCAAAAAAUUUGUGGGUUCUCAUAGUGCCAAGUUUAAGAAUACUUAUAUCACAAAAAAGUUCAUUGCAUUUGAUGAGCACCAAAAGCAACAGCAAAGACCUUGUCUUCUGCCACUUAACAGGAAAGAGAGAAAAGAUUAUGUGACAAUCCCAUCCUUUUUCUUUACAAGAAAGGACAGGAAAAAAAUGCUGUGUUCUUUUCUCCCUAUAAUUAUUCAUCUUUGCAUCUGGCUUCUGUUUGUUGCAGUAGACUCUUUGUUUUAUUUGUUAAUUAUUUCUGUGAACAAGUAUCUCCAAGAAGUACCGGAUCUAGACAUUCAACUCAGUCUCUUUCAGAAUAAGAAUGAGAAAAGCUAUAUCAUUUCUAUGAAAGAGCAUAUUGCAAAGACUGAUUCUUUCAAGAUCCCUUUGGUUAAGCAAAACUGCAUCCCUCACCCAGAGCUCGCUCCCUCCACAACAUGGAUUCAGCUUGGAGUCAUCAUCUUCUUCUUAAUAAUUUUUGGGUUAUUCUCUGGCCUCCUGACCCAACUUAAAAUACUUGUGUCAACUUCCUUUUAUCCUGAUACCGAGAUGAAACGGAUACAUUAUUUACAUGCAAAAUUACUCAAAAAAAGAGCAAAGCUACAAGAGAAAACUGGGAAGAACAUGUUUGCAAGAACGGUCAACUUUUGGUUUCCAAUACUCAAGGCAAGACAGGCAGUGAGGAAGAAAGAAAGGAGUGUAGCAGAAUGAGAGGAUGAUGUUAAAGAGACCAAGUGCAUCUUUGGAUAUGGCUGAGAUGCUUUAGCUCCACCUGUGUUUUGCACCAUCUUUCCUAUAGAAUGUCAAUUGUAAAAUGCAAAAAUUUCACACUCAAAGGCUGAGCAGCAGUAUUUUGGAAAAGAUGUCAUUGUGGAUAGUGUGCAGUUCAUCACAGAUUGCUCUGGAUUAAUUAACAGUUUUUUUC